AGCUCCAUUGAUGGACUAACUGAACUGCGAGGGGAAAAGUAAACUUUGACACUGGAUUAACUUCUACGGUCGUGGAAUAACGUUUAUACAAUCAGCUAGUUCAUUUUUUUAAACAACUUUUAUCUGUUUUGAGGUUCCUAACGUUUUUGUUGUUUUUUUUUUAACUCGGGUCAAGUGGUCUUUACGCACACAUUUGCGCAAUGGCAAACUCUUGUCUUCAACUGAGUGGAUUUCUCAUCACCUGCAUCGGCUGGCUGGGCAUCGUGAUUGCGGCAGCCACAAAUGACUGGGUGAUUAUGUGUAAAUACGGUUUGAACACAUGCAAAAAGAUGGAUGAGCUGGAAGCCAAAGGACCCUGGGCGGACUGUGUCAUCUCCACUGGACUCUACCACUGCAUCUCCCUGACGCAGAUCCUCGACCUGCCAGCCUACAUCCAGACGACUCGUGCCCUGAUGAUCACCGGUUCGAUCCUUGGUCUCCCAGCAGUGGGUAUGAUCCUCAUGUCCAUGCCCUGCAUCAGCCUCGGAAAUGAACCCCAGGCCUCCAAAAACAAACGCACCAUCCUGGGAGGAGUGCUUUUUCUCAUAGUUGCACUGUGCGGUAUGGUAUCCACAGUCUGGUUUCCCAUCGGCGCACACCAGCAGCACGGCCUCAUGUCAUUCGGCUUCUCCCUCUACACCGGAUGGGUUGGCUGUAUCUUCUCCCUGCUGGGCGGGUGCAUUCUCACCUGCUGCUCCUCAGAGUCCUCCUCCUCAUCUCACUCCUACCAGGAAAACAAUCGUUUCUACUACUCCAAACAAGGAGGUGGCAACCCGCCAGCAGCAGCCUCCACCAAUCACGCCAAGAGCGCCCACGUCUGAGAGGGGAGAGAUUUCUGAAGAGGACGCCUAGGGGACUGUAGUUUAUGUACAGAGAACUCUACACAAGCACACACAUACAAUCACAGUUAGAAGCAGAGAAGAACAUAAACACACUCAUUCACGUUCAAGAAAAAUACACAAAUCUUGAAUGAGCACACAAUCAUAAAAGAGACAUUCGCACAUACAUACAGACUGGUUUUGUUGGAGCUUUUGGGGAUUGCUUUUCUAUCACAGAGCUCAUUUUUCCACCUCCUCAUGUUAGGCGUGGUGUGGACUCUCCCUGCUGUUAAAUAAUUGUACAAGCUCCUGUGUGCAGGGAAGCCUGAGGUCCCAAUCACCCAAGACAUUAAGGACUGAGAUAUUGAUACAUUUCUUCUAUUUUUCUAUUUAGAUCCUCCUACAGAUGAAAUAUAAUGUGUGUUUUCCUAGUUUGAAAAAUCAUAUAUCAUGGGCUGUUGUUUUGAUAAGAACAGGGUAUGACGUUUGUAUUUCAAAAUGUGUUUAGUAACAUUAUUGAUUUUUCUUUGACAGUAUUGUACAACUCUCUAGUGCAUUUGCCUCUUGACUGACCGACUUGAUUAAAAAACGCAGCAGUUUUUCCCAGUCUCUGCAGGAGGAAGGGGGACAUAAAUAACACAGGAGAGCUUUAGCCAGCCGUGUUACAGUCGGUGUUGGAGCCUUAAAAUGUGCACUGACUUGGCAAAAAUGACAUAUAAGAGAGUUCAAAACCUUACCUUUUGUUGAUUCCUCCCCCAUCUUGGUAGUAUUUUAUAAACCAAUCCAUACAUAUUUCAAAGUGACUAACUUGUGAGUGAAUGCCCUUUAAACUGUAUAAAUAUAUUUCCAUUUAACAUCUUAGUCAAACUUCUUUACAUAGCACAGGUCUGUAGCUGAAGCAAUGUUUGUGUACACAAGAAAAUAUCAGUAUUAUUUUAGCAGUAUUAACUUCUCUUGAAGGAAUGUGAUGACUUGAAUGUUUAAUUUCACAAAAGUGCUCUGAACGGUAAUGGAAAAUGUCCAACUCAGACCCAUGCAGUUCGCAGUAUUAGAUGGUUAUUUAUUGUUUCACUGAUGUGCUUUUCUUUGAUUUUCUAUAAUAAAGACAAAGUGAUUAAAAAGU